AUGAAUUUCACGGUGAACAAGAUUAAUGAAAAUAUAAUUUCAUUAACUCAAAGUGAUUCUGAUUCUGAUGGUUCGAAAUGGGUGGAAAGCAAGAAAUUAAUAGCUCGCAAAAUUUUCUGUCAAGAUCUAUCAAAAUUGAUUGCUGUGGUGUCGAAAAUCGAUCUGACGGAUAUAUUAAGUGAUCAAGUAUCAAGUUUCUGUGAUUCUAUCAAAUGCAAUGCUGAUUUAUCAAUAACAUCGCUGAAAUUUAAUAAUAUCGAAUAUUUUGUAAGGUUAAUGGAAAAUGUACCUGAAGAGAUUAUUGAUGAUUUAGUGGAUAGUCAAGAGUUUAUAUGGGGAAAUUUGUGGCUAUUUCACAUAAAUAAAACUGAAUCAAAUUUGAAUGAUAAUUUAAUUAACGAGAUAAAAUGUGUGAUAUCAAAAUGCACUUUCAAAACAAUGCCUAAUAUCAAUAGUGAAUUACUGGCAAGUACAUCUGAUGGUUGUGAAUUGUUGUGGUUCAAUCCAAGUUCAAAUACAAAUUUAAUAAAUUGA